AUGGGCUUCUCAAGAGCGAAAGACGACUCCCCGCGAUCUUCAAGGUCGCGGUUCUCUGCCUCUGAUGAAGGACCUCUAUCGCCGGAUAGCUUCUUAGGACACUAUCCGUGGCCGAGCACAAGCACUGUAGCUCAUAAGCGCUAUGAAACGCGUCACGUUCCAAAUGAUGCGGACAAGGAAAAGCAGAUUGAAGCUUUCUACAACGAUCUCAUCUGGUUGGAUCCCUCAUAUGCAAAGGAUGCGCUCAGAACACAGCAGGGUCCAAGGGCCCCCAAGACCUGUGAAUGGAUUAUGAGUGUGCCAGAAGUUAAGAGCUGGCUUCAACCAGAGUCAGAAAACCAGCAAGUUUUAUGGCUUUCUGGGACUCAAGGAAGAGGAAAGUCGACAUUGGGUGUCUUUCUCGCCGAAAGGCUCACAAGUAACUUCGCGACUGAUCCCACAAAAACCUGUGCGUACUUCUUCUGCGACUCAAAUGAUUCGCAGAGGAACACGGCUCAGGGUCUUCUACGAGGUCUCCUCACUCAGCUCUUUCAGAACCAUCCCCACUUCCUCAGCGACAGAAUCCGCAGGAGACAUGCGCAUCGCGGCUCUCGAGUCUUUGAGAAACCUCAAGCACUGUGGAACUUGCUGGUUGAGGUUGCUUUCAGAUCUGACCGUCACAUCUUCUGCGUCAUUGAUGGGUUAGAUGAGUGCGACGCGGCCUCUCGAACGAUCCUGCUGGAGUUGAUGGAGCAGACGUUCCAUGGCCCGAAACCAGCUGUGAAUCUCAACAUUCUCAUUUUGAGCCGACCAAGUUCAAAGAUUUAUGAGUACCUGGGCGAGUUUGUCCACCGAGAUCUGGACUCAUUCUCCCAGUCGAAGCAUGAUGUUGAGAUCUUCAUCAACCAGCGCGUGCGACACAUCGCGAUCAAGCGAGGAUGGUCAGGGACAAGUACCACCCAGGUCAAGCGAGUAUUCCAAGCAAAGUCGGAGUACAACUUCCACUGGGUGCGGUUGGCCAGCGAGAGCAUCUGCAAGCUUCGUUGUGCCGAGGAUGCAAUCAAGUUCCUCAAAGGAUUACCCAAUGGCUCGGAAUUGCCCGCCCCCAGCGCAUCCACAAACCACAAACGCGACAACCUUGAGCACUUGGGAUUUGGUAACACAGAUGAAGAUAGAGAAAAGCACCAUGCGAGACUCAAGUCGCCGUUUGUUAGUGCGAUACUCACCGGAAGAGUUGAGAUGCUGGCGUUUCUUCUCAAAAAGGGCGAGCCUUUGACGCCUUAUACCAUUCGAGCAGCAGCAAGAUGGGGGUGUCCUGGGAUGCUUGAAAAGAUCAUGACACUUCGAAGAGAUGAAAUUUCCCGCGAUCAAGAUCUUUCCUGCUCCGCGGCAGAAUGUGCUAGCGCUGAGAUGAUGGAUCUUAUUUUCGAUCAUCCUGAUUUCAAAUGGAGCGACGCAGCAAUGAUCGGAGCGAUAAGGAAUCAACGGCAUGGACUCCAAAUACUAACGUUACUAUUUGAACUCCACGGGGAUGACAUCGAACUGGACGAGUGGAUGAUGGAGAGUAUUGCGAGCAUAUGCCACCCCAGGACCAUGGAUUACUUGCUUACACAGCAUGGAACACGGAUUGCAAUCACACCGGCCGUUGCCGAGAAGGCUAUCGAGAACCGUCAGGGUCCAGCCAUGCUUAGAGUUCUUCUUAAACACCGGGCACAUGAGGGCCUUGUCGAUGAGAAGCUCAUGACACUGGCUCUUGCCAACACCCGAUGCCGACCUGACUUUAUGGCCAUCUUUCUCGAAAUGCCAGCAGCCCAAGUUCGAUUCACGAAACAAGUCGUCCUAGCAGCGAUAGCUUCACCACAGAAAGACACCGACGACUGGGCCCCCGAAGUUCUCGAGAUGCUUCUUGCCAAUCGUGCUGCCGACGUUGACGUCGACGAGGAGAUUGCCAUUGAGACAUUACGGGAGCUUGGAUUCCCUGGCUUGCAAGUUCUCUUCGAGCACAAAGAUGAGAGCGUACGGAUCACACAGCCACUCUUGGACGCUGCAGUGGGCGUUUGCUCAGCAAGGGAGUUUGUUGUGUUGGCGGAGAGAGCUGAGGAUGAGUUCAAGAUCACGCAGGAUAUGCUUAUCAACACGACGUCCAACGCGCGACAUGGCGAUAGAUUGCUGCCAGUGAUGUUGAGAUAUCUCAAGGAUUCUCUUACCAUCGGACAAGAUGCUAUUGAAGCAUUCUUGAAGGCUGGGCAGAUUGGCUUCAAGGGCUUGCUUAUCCUCUUACUAAGAGACCGUGGCUGCAGUGUCAACCUUACAAGAGGCGCACUCCGUUCUUGGAUCCGAGAUGACCAAGUCUGCCGUGGGAGCUUAGCGUUCCUUUUUGUUGCACUUCAUUCUGGAUGGUGCAAGUUGUCGGAUGAGAUGACGGGCUCCAGGCUGGAGAGACUGGAGGAACUGAUCAAGCAUUAUGCCGAGUUGGAUGAUGUGCGGCAAGUAUUUGCUGAAGCGAUGGAACGUUCCAAGAAGGAGAUGCGAGGAGCUUGA